GGCGCGUGGCUGGAGGAGCAGCGGGCGGUGCUCCGGGAAUGCUCCGAGGAGCGCAGGAGGCUGGAAAAGGCUUGGGCGGAAUUCCGGAGCCGGGAGAGGCUGAGCCAGGAGCGCUCGGAGCACCUGGAGUCGACCCUGAGGAACCUGGACAAGGAGCAGGCAGCGCUGCAGUUCCGGGCGCGGGAGCUGCGUUCCCAGGAGGAGCGGCUGGAGCGGGAGCGGGAGGCGCUGGAGGAUUCCCGGCGGGAGCUGCGGCUGGAAAGGGAGAAGGUUCUCCGGGACACGGAGCGGCUCCGGCAGCGGGAGCAGGAGGUCCAGGCCCUGGCCGAGCUCUCGGAGCGUCAGUCCCGGGAUGGGGCUCGGGCUCUUCGGGAAGCCCGGAAUGUGGAGGCGGAGCAGCGGGAGCGGCUCCGGGCGGGGCGGGAGCAGCUGGAGCAGCUCCGGGAGCAGGAGCAGCGUCUGGAGCAGGACCGGCUGAGCCUGGCGCAGCAGCGGCGGCAGCUCCAGCGGCUCCGGCAGGAAUUGUCGCCUCAGGAAUUGUCAGUGCCCGGGACCCUGCUGGGCACAGCCCGGGAGCGGCCGAUCCCGAGGGAAGUGAUCCCGGGGGAGCGGCUCCACAUCCCCCUGGGUGAGGCUCCUGCAUUCCCGGGAUGUUCCCGGCGCUGGUUUUACCCCCUGGGUGUCCCUCCGGUGGGAUUUGGGCUCCUGAUGCCCCGGAGGAGCUCUGGGAGCCCGGGAAGUGCCGGAGGGAAGGAGGGAGGGAGGGAAGGAGGCGGGUCCAGGGAUGCUCCGCUGUCUCCAGCAGCCCCUGGCG